AUGGUUUCAGACUACUACCGGCUUGACGAGCUCCUGACGACGGAGAAGAAAUUACGAGUCAAGAUUCGGCAGUUUAUGGAGAAAGAAGUUGCUCCAAUAAUAACAAAGUACUGGGAGACAGCGGAGUUCCCAUACCAUCUCAUCCCCAAGUUAGGUUCUCCUGGAUUCACUGGUGGCACCAUCAAGGGCUAUGGAUGUUCUGGGGUAUCGACAACUGCUUAUGCUAUGUGCAUUUCAGAGAUUGCUCGUGUGGAUGCAAGCAUCGCCUCAUUUUGCCUAGUUCAGUCAUGUCUUAUCAUGCUUACCAUCGCACAACUAGGUUCAGAAGCACAGAAGAAGAAAUAUUUACCGUCAUUGAACAAAAUGCACAAAGUUUGGGUCUAUGCAUUGUCAGAGCCGGACCACGGUAGUGAUGCGAGUACUCUUAGUACCACGGCUGGGAAGGUCCCCAACUUAAUCCAUUGGUUUUAUGCCGUAGGUCCCUGGAGGGUACGGUUCAUUGUCCAUGGUGGGAGCCCCGGCCUGAAGAUCAGCAAGAUCGAGAACAAGGUGUCGCUGAGGGUCGUCCAGAACUGCAACAUCCAGCUGGAGAACGUCUUCGUCCCCGACGACGACCGCUUGCCCGGCGCCAACUCCUUUCAGGAUCUCGUGGACGCCCUGUCCAUGGCGCGCAUCAUGGUGGCCUGGGUCAGCAUCGGCAUUGCCAUGGGGGUCUACGACGCGUGCCUAAGGUACCUGCAAGAGAGGAAGCAGUUUGGUGCGCCGUUAGCCGCGUUCCAGCUGAACCAGGAGAAGCUCAUGAGGAUGCUUGGGAACAUCCAAAGCCAUCGCCUUGCCUGGAUCACAAAACAGGCGCGGGAGACGGCGGCUCUUGGCAGGGAGCUCCUCAGCGGCUACGGCAUCGUCACCGAUUUCCAUGUUGGGAAGGCGUUCUGCGACAUGGAGUCGGUGUACUCGUACGAGGGCAGCUACGACGUCAACGCCCUCAUUGCCGCGGGAGAGAUCACUGGCAUCUCCAGCAUUAGGCCGUCAACGCCCUCAUAG